ACAAUACAUGAAUAAAAGGCUGAGAAAAUGCUGGGAAAAUUCCUAAAAGGUUGUUUGUUUUUUUUGGCACUGAUCACCAGCACUAUAGUAAUUCAUCUGAUGAAUAACCGGUUAGGUUCCUACAUUUUAGGGAACAUCGGAUGAGACGCUGACAGAUCGCACCGAACAGAUGAGGAAAUGGGCCGGCAGAGUCCCUCCCAGUCAGAGGCAGUUCACUUCUGCGACUCAUUGUGAUUUUCAUAAAAGAGCAACAACCGCAGCAACCAGUCACUGUUGGUCCCUCUGAAGAGCCCAACACCCAAAGUCAUGGCGACGCCGAGUUUGUGCCACGCAGCCUUCGCGGUGUUUCGGCAGAUAGAGCCGAUCAUCGUGCUGGAGCAGCUGGGCAGCACUCUCUUCGACACCGCUCUGCAGAUGGUGGUGAGGGAUAGGACCGCCAACAUCACCGACCCCGGUCACUCCAGCGAGGAGAGCCAGCAGACGGCCAUCACCAACUUCUACAUGACCUAUAACCUCAUCAUCCAGUUCACGCCCAUCAUACCCGCGCUGGUCCUGGCCAGUCUCAGCGACCGCGGUUGGAGGAGGGCGCCCAUCGUGGUGCCCCUGAGCGGGUACCUGCUGUCCAGGCUCGCCCUGCUCCUGGUGGUCAUUUUCGGUCUUCCGCUCAAGCUGAUGUUUGCAGCCGCGGUGGUUUUCGGGCUCUCCGGGGGCUUCAGCGCCUACUGGCCCGGCAUCAUGACUCUGGCGUCGCUCGGCUCCACGGCGGCUGAUCGCUCCAAGGUGAUGAUGAGAGUGGAGCUGCUGUAUGGGUUAACAGGAGUGGUGGGCAGCUUGGUGUCAGGUCAUCUGUUCCUGCUUUACAGCUCCAGUCUGGGAAACGGAACCGUCCUGCUCUCUGUGAGCACGCUCGUGAACCUGCUCUGCUUCAUAUUGGCUGCAGCCCUGCUGCAGGUGAAACGAGUGAACAGCGAGGACUCAGAGGAAAGCUACCACCUCCUCUCCCACGCCUCCCGUCAUGCUCGUCUCGUCGGGUGUUGUGCUGGGGUAAACAUGGUGAACGUGGCUCUCCUGUUUGCGGCGGCCUUUCUCUACGACUUUGCUGUGGGCGGAGCCAUAGAGAUCCUGGGCUCCUUUGUGCUGAAAUCGCCGCUCAGCUGGACCGCCACACAAGUGGGAUACGGAAAUGCGGCGGGCUGCGGGAUUUUCAUCACCAGUUUCCUUGGCGUCAUCGUGUUCCGGAAAUGCGUCGGUGACGAAACGAUGAUCCUGAUUGGCAUGCUGUCGUUCGCUGUGGGGAUCUACGUCAUGUCCUUCGUCACUACGACCUCCCUUUUCUACAUUGCCCGUCUAUUAAACCUCUUUGCGCUCAUCCCGAUGCCGACAAUUAGGGCCCUGGUUUCUCAGCAGGUUCCUGCGUCCCGAUGUGGCAUCGCUCUGACCUCUCUGCAGAUGACUCUAAAGGUGGCCGGCGCUGUCUACAUUCCUGCUUUCACAAAGAUCUAUCAGAACAGUCUGACCUGGUUUCCAGGCCUAGUCUUUAUGAUUUCCAGCGUCAUCACAGUCAUUUCCAUGAUACCCGUCAGCAUCGUCGGUUGCAGGUCGGCUCAGAAGCAAGAGUACGUGAGGAUUCAGGGAGACUGAAGAAGCACCACAGACAUGAACAGUGAGCUCUUUCUAUUACAAGCAAACUGGGAAAUGAGACGUAAGUGUUUGCCACUUCCUCAAAGCUGCUAACGCAGCAUUUUUGAAAAUAUCUGCCUACCAUAAUUUCCAUUGUGGUGUGAUGGAUGGUACUUUAAGAUAAGAUAAGAUAAGAUAAAUCUUUAUUGUCAUUGUCACAAGGACAACGAAAUUCAAAUCUGACAAAUAUGCAAAACCCACUGGACAAAAGCAAAAAAAAAAAAAAAAAAACAUUAAGAUUUUGAAAUUAUGUCAAAGGUUACAGGAAAACGUCAUC